AUGGCGAACACCACGGCAGGCUCCAGCGAGACCCCGAGCAUCCCCUUUAUGGGCAAUUGGGACCCGAUGGUCUGCUUAGACGAGCAGCCGACGCCAUCUUGUCUUCUGAGGGUGACGCGGGAGAUCGCGGACAUCGAGGCCAGCCUGUUGCCGGGGAUCUUCGUCUCGCCCGAAGCGAGUGACGUCACCAGGAUCCACGCCAUAGUGGUGGGACCCGAGGGAACGCCGUACGAAGGCGGGUUCUUCCACUUCUUCAUCAAGUGCCCCGCGAAGUACCCGUUCGUUCCACCCCGUGUGCGCCUGAUGAACACGGACGCCGGUAGAGUGGGUUUCAACCCGCGCCUCUACGCUUGCGGAAAGGUGUGUCUCAGCAUUCUCGGCACUUGGCCUGGACCCCCCUGGACACCAGUCCAAAACAUCGGCAGCGUACUGACCUCCGUACAGUCACUCAUGAACGAGCAGCCGUUCCGCAGCGACCCAGGAACGACGGCGCACAUGCCGCUUUCUCCCGCGGAGCUCAAGGACAGAGCACGACACGACACCGUCAGGGUGGCCGUAUGCGACAUCGUGGAGGCGUGCCUACGGGAUCAACCACCCUGCCCGCCGUACCUGGUCGGCGAGAUCAUGAAGACGUUCGCCGAGUCGUACGACAAGUACGAGGAGAGCGUCAAAGCCCUGGCCGAGCUGGACGGUUCCCGGCGGUUGUCCCAGACGCUGGGCCUUACAACGACGCAGUUGUACGAGCCGCUGCUUUCUCGGCUAAGGCAACUAGGCCAGAGGGUCAAGGAAAAGAUACAGACCGAUGGCGCGCGCUGA